AUGUCAGUCAAGGACUAUUUUGUAAAGUUCAAUGAGCUGGAGAUGUAUGUUCCUGACUACUUUUCCUGUGAGCGAGAUAGAGUUGAUCAUUUUGUAGAUAGGUUGCAGCAGAGGAUUCAAGAAGAUUUAGUUGUGUUGGAUAUCAGUUUGUUGUAUGAGGCUUAUGAGCGUGCUGCUCGAUUCUAUCAGAAGCAGGAAGUCAGGCAGAAGGACAGUGAGAAGGAAAUUGGGUAUCAACAUCAGUUUCGAGAUAAAGGAAAAGCUAAGGUGGAGGAUGAACCAAAGGAUAAAAAUAAAUGGUGGCAAAUAUUCAGGUCUGGGCCAUCAUAUAAGGGGAUUUCGAUUAAAGAACAGAGUCAAGAGAGGUUUCAACAAUUUGGGGUUAUUUGUCGAUGUUUUGGAACAAGUCAUUCAGGUACCCGUUGUGAUGAAGUUCCAUUAACAUGUUUUAAGUGUGGUGGUAAUGGUCAUAUUUCCAGGCUAUGCCCAAGUGUGGUAACUGCAAGGGAGUUUCCAGAACCGAGAUUUAGGCCAUGGCAGCAGCCGUCUUCGCAAUCACAGAGGAGAGGAUUAGGACCACACCAGCGUGGCAGAAUAAAUGUUGUUACCCAAACAGAGGCUGAUCAUCACCCAGGUGAGGUUCUAACAGGUAGAUUUCUUGUUUGCGGUUUGUCAGCUCUUGUGUUAUUUGAUUCGGGUGCAACGUUCUCGUUCAUAUCUAAACGUUUGGUUAAAAGAUUGGGUCUGAAUUCAUCGGUAGAAGUGGUAGUGGAAGUUUUACUUCCAUCAGGAGAAAUACUGGAGUGCCGAGAAUUCUAUAUGCAAAUUCUGGUUAAUAUUGGGGGAGUUGAUUUUGCUACUAACUUGUUGAAUAUGAAGUUAUCCGAGUUCGAUGUGAUACUGGGGAUGGAUUGGUUAAUGGCAUAUCAAGCUCAAUUUGAUUGUCGAAAAAGAUCAAUUUUGUUGGUUGGAGCGAUGGGUGAACAAGUGAACUAUGCAGGAUCUGCAAGACAACCUUCUAUGAAGGUAAUUUCACCCCUAUCAUUUCAAGCACUUAUUCGUAAGGGGUAUCCAGUGUAUCUGUGUGAGGUAAGAGAUUUGAAGCAAGUGGAGCAGCGAUUGCAAAAUAUUUCUAUGGUUCGAGAUUUUCCUAAUGUAUUUCCUGAUGAUAUUCCCGGUAUGCCAUCAGCUCGUGAGGUGGAUUGUACUAUUGAUAUUGUGUCGGGCGCCGAGCCAGUAUCAAGAGCCCCAUAUCGCAUGGCACCAUUAGAACUCGCUGAACUUAAAUUGCAACUACAAGAAUUACUGGAUAAAGGUUACAUUCGUUCUAGUACGUUGCCUUGGAGAGCUCCAGUUUUAUUUGUGAAAAAGAAAGAUGGAAGCUUGAGGUUGUGUAUUGACUACCGUGGGCUGAUUAAAGAAACGGUAAAGAGCAAAUAUUCUCCAAGAUUGACUUGA